AUGUGGCAAAUGCUUUUCAAAGAGGAAUUGCAGGCAGAUGUCACAUUCCAGGUUGGGUCGGAGAUCUUCAGAGCACAUCAAGCUGUGCUGCUGGCCAGAGUGCCGGAGUUCUUCCACCUGGUUGUUGAUCCAGCAUUAAAUAAAUCUGGGGACAGUUCGGAAAUAAUCCACGUAAAAGCCAUUCAGCCUUCAGAGUUUAAACACUUUUUACACAUAGCGGAUGGAUUAUCAGUUGCUGCACCAAUAGAGUGGAAGCAGUCUACUGCUGAUUUUACGGCAGACCGAAAAGUGAACAAGGUGGGUCUAAAGGUAGCAGGAGAGCAAACGGAGGCUGCUGUAAUAAAGGAAGACAAGAUGAUUGCAUCCAGCAACGAGAGCAGCGAAGCCACUGAAACAUUCAAUAUGAAAUAUCCGGCCAUUCUUUGUGCUCGCUCAGGCUAUUUCGCUGCUAUGCUGAGUGGAAGCUGGUUGGAAAGCUCCCAGGAGCACAUCAUAUUGCAGGGAGUCGACCAUGCAGAAAUGGCUGUCGUGAUGCAUUUCAUUUAUGGAGCUGUUGUUGACCUUCCAGAAGGAGCUGAUGUGUGGUAUCCAGUGCUGUCGGUAGCAGACACGUAUGGAUUGGAAGACCUGAAGGAAGUAGGUGUGUUUGUUCUGAAAAGAAACUACUGCAGGUUUUUCCAGAAGCCAGUAGUUGGUGUGCCACAAUCUGUUUUGGAGUGCCUAUCUAUAGCCCAUUCCUUGGGGCUUGAAAGUCUCUAUGCAUCUUGCGCCAGGUGGGUUGCAAAAUAUUUCUUGAAAUGCUGGUCUGGAAGAAACUUUGCAUUCCUGCCAGCUGAAAUGCAGAGGGCUUGUCUAACUACUCUCACGCAGUCCAUGAACCAGGACAAUGUGGUUGCCAUGCUGAUGGAAAGUGACCAGCUGAUCAGCAGCCUCCCUGCAGUGAAGUGGGCAGAGCAAGUUUCGUGUCUGGCAACAGAGCUGCAGGAAGAAUUCAUAUCCUACAUCAUGGUGCAUUUCUCUGAGAUAAUACUCAGUGAUGGCUUCCAUCAUCUUCUACAGAAACAGGGGUUUGCGUGUGAAAUCCAGGCUCUACAUGAAAAGCUGUGGAGGUUUCUAGUUCAGUCUUUCUAUGCUGUUCGUCACACAGAGGGAUGGAAUUUGAUAAAAACGCAGCACAGGGAGCAAGUACAAGCAGCUGCGUUUGACAAGGGUGACAAUAGAAGACUUGGCAAAAAACCGACAUUCAGUAGUUCACAGCAGCAUAUAAAAUGUCCUCAGGUUCAUCCAAUUACAUCUGAAAAUCCAAACAAAGCCCCCAGGAGGAGAGGAACGCACGAGAAUCCCGGAGUCUCUUACCGAACAAGCCAGAGAAAAUGAAGUCUGGGAUUAGGAGCAGCUGGAUACACUGCUACUGCUGGCAGGGGUACCUCUAACAAGGCUACAAAAACAAAUGUUUCCAAGGGAAAGGACAGCUGCAAACCUGCUAAGGAUGCCAAACCCGCUGACAAGAGCUUACCUGCAAAAACAAAGGCGGCUGCAAAGGCACAGCCUGAAAACAAUGGCAAUGCAAAAGCAGAAGGCUCUGCCGGUAGCAGAGAUAAUACUCCCCCUUUAUCUGCAAACGGACUGAGAAAUGUGCCAAGUGGGAAAGGAAUCAAGGAUCAAGAUAGAAAAAUAAAUCUGGGUGCCAGGCCCAAAGCUCCUGCCAGCGGCUCUGCUGGUCAGACUAAAUCAGCCAAGCCUGCAAAGACGUCUGUGGGAAAGGAGCCCCUGCUGGCACACAAAGAAACAAGCCCCCCCAGCAAGCCUGAACCCUUGAGUACAGGGGCAUGCUCAGAGGCCGCUGGAAGUGCUGCACAUCUCCGGAAGGAGAAGGCAGCCAGGGAAGGAGACGGCAGUGACAUAACAUCAGGGAGUGCUUCCCCACAGAACAGCUCCAGCAGCCCAAGAGAUUCAACCACAGGUACAGGACCGAAGACUUUUGUGAAGACGACCAGCAGGACCUCUGUGCAGAAGACGGUUGAUUCCACUAAAACAAACGGCGCGGCAAGCAAAACAACAGUAAAAGACAGCAGCAAAAUAAAACAACCAGCCCCUUCAAAUAAAACAGCUGCUGGGAGCACUGCAUUGAAAACUGAGAAGAGAGUGAAGAGCACCCCAGCAGCUUCUGGUGAAUAUCAUGGACCAAAAACGGUGGCAGCAAGUGCAAGAAAGCCUAUCUCGCCGAAAAAAGAUGAGACCAAGCAAGCUACAAAAGUCUUGACGCCAGACAAAGCAUCUAGUGACGCUCCAUUGGAAUCUACAAAGAAAAAGACAUUUAAACAGUCGAGUGCAGCAAGCACCGAGUUAAAAACCAACUCAAAACCAGCAAAGGUUGCUGCUGGAAGUUCAAAGCAUACCAUUGCUGGAAGCAGGAGUGUACCAAAGCAGAAAAGUACCUCUGAACAGCCAGCAUUAAAGCUGACAUCUAAAUCAUUAGGAUCAGAAAAACAAGCUCUUUCUGGUCUGAAGAAACCUGCAUCAAAAACCAAGGAAGCUUCUAAUCAAAAAAGUUGUACUUCAAAAAGUGCCGGGCCCAAGCAAAACACUCCUGCAGCUGUCAAAGAUCAGACUUCAGAAGGCAGUGACUUAGUGACAGCUCUCUGCACUGAGGAGCUCAACUGCUCUCAGCAAUCGGAAUCUACUUGUGGUGCACAACAGAAAAUAGAACAGUCAGUUGCACCUUCAGCUUCAUGCCAGCAACCUGACAGAGUCAGAUCUCAUCAAAGCUCAGAAAACAGUGUGCAUAAUUCUGAAUGUGCAGCUCUGCUAAUGGAUAAGGAAGAUUUGUGUAUUCCCAGGAAGAGCAAAAAUGAAGCAUCAGUAGCAUUACUGCAUGGCAAAGAGGAUUCCAACGAUGCAGCAUUUAAACACACAGGGAACUCAAGCCAGAUAUGCUCAGUUUUACCUAAGGAGAGUGUGAAUCUUUGUAAUCAGCUUCAGGGUAAACAUGCACCACAACCAUCACCUCCAGCAAAGUCAGAUACUGCUACAGCUCAUGAGACUGACAAAAGGGAGGCUAUGGUACCGAAUGAAACUAAAAACCUUGCAAGGGUAAUUUUAGAAGAUUUUAUUGGUGCAUGUAAAACCACCGAACAGUCAAGCACAACUACUAAUGUUAACCCUUCUACAACAGGGUGUGUAGCAUCAUCCAGAUUCUGUAUCAGUCAAAUACAGCCAUUCUCGCUGAAUUCUCCCAAGGGUAUGGAAGCUGUGGAAACCCCAGAGAGUCACAAAGACUCCGAAAUGCCUCACGAAGACCCGUGGAAUACAAUUCAUCAGAGAGGCAGCCCCGAGUCUGACACUGGGAGUGUCACCACCUCUUCCGAUGAUAUAAAACCCAGGUCUGAAGAUUAUGACGCAGGAGGAUCUCAGGAUGACGACGGUUCCAAUGAAAGAGGGAUUUCAAAGUGCAGCACGAUGUUGUGCCAUGAUUUCCUUGGAAGAAGCAGCAGCGACACUAGCACACCGGAGGAGCUGAAGAUGUACGACACUGGCUUGAGAAUAGAGGUCAAACUUAAAGAUAAGAAGUCGUCGGCAGAACCCUUUCACGUACGCUCAAUGAACGACGAUGACGAGGGCAGGAAGAGGACACAGGUGUGGGCUCACCAGAAGGAGGUAACCAUGGAGGGCGAGACCUGUGAAGAGGAGACAACCGUCACCGUCAAGAACGGUCCCGAGCAGCAGCUGUCCUCCUCGGAUGAAGAAACCGAGGAUGAGAGAUCAGAGGCUGAAAUCCCAGAGGAAAUCCUUCCUCCGCCAGACCCUUCCCCUCAUCACUUUCAAGGCAUCGUCAACCUGGCAUUUGAGGAUAUCGCUGAGCAAGAGAAUGAGGUCCCAGAGUUCCAGUCUGCUUCGAGUUUCAGGCGUUCUGUACUGCUGUCAGUGGACGAAUGCGAGGAGAUGGGAUCUGAAGAGGGCGGAGGACAGACCCCACCUCUCCACCCUGCAGACUUUGAGGGGGCUGCCCAUGAUCGUUGUGAGCCACGGGGUAAAUCCUUCUACUCUAGCUACCCCCUGGAAAUAGAAAAAGGUUAUUUGGAUGGGGAUAAAGAGAAAGAUAAUGAACUAGUUAAAAACAGCAACUGUCAGUCUGGCCCUAGUGAUAGUCCUCAGGUUGACAUUGCGAAAAGUGAAAGCACUGUCCCUCUUACUGAGAAUGAAACAGGGGAGCCCCCUGCCCUGAUAGAAGGUAAUAAACUGCAUGACACCCCCAGUAAUCCCCCAGCACCAGUGAGUGACAUUAGACCCCAAGAAAGACCUUGCCACUUGGAUCUACACCAGAUUGAGAAAUACCGUGAUAACAGACUUUGGAAAAACUCUACAGAAGCCCUGGACUGUAAGAAAAGUGAGUUGCGUCUUAACUUGCAAGAACAGCAUGUGAAAGGGAGUUCUUUGGUAUCAACUGAACAGAAUGCUUCCACCUUACCAGCAGGAGACUUAGAUGAUUGUGACAGACUGGAACAAACCUGCACUUCUGACUGUCGCCCUUCAAAAUCGCUUUCUCCAAUAUUCGAGAUGGACGUUGGAGAAGCCUUUGAACAAAGUGCGGCCGUGGAAACGUGCAUUGUGGACACACAAGGGGAUGAAGACAAUCAGUUUGCAGAAAGGGACUGGAGGCUUCUUAGGCAGCUGCUUUCCGAUCAGGACUCCAGUUUAGGUAUUAUAAACUCUGUUCCAGAGGACCUGAACCUUGCCCAGUAUCUCAUAACCCAGACACUUGUCCUCUCACGUGACAGUCUAAACUCUCAGUGUAAACUGCCUGUGGAAAAGGAUACCUUCAAGAAGUGGGCCGAACUCAUGUCCCCGUUGGAGGAGUCCACAGCCAGCAUCACUGUCACCAGUUUUUCACCUGAAGAUUCAGCCUCCCCCCAGGGAGAAUGGACAAUUGUGGAACUUGAAACACAUCAUUAACACAAAAAAAUGAGGUCUGGAUUUACUGCUUUGUGCUGUACUUUACUGAGAGCUUUGUAGCUGGAGCUUUUAUAACCCACCUUGGAAUACAUAACAGGAAGCCACUUUGACUUAGACAUUUUAUUUCAGCAGUGGACUUUAUGCUGUAAUAGCAGUUGUAUCGGGCACAUUUUCCAUUGUUUUUUUGUCAGUUCAUAUUUGACGUAUUUAAGAAAAUGUUAAAACAAAUGCUGUUUAGCGUGUUAAUAUUUUUGUAUAUUUAAUGUAUGCUUGAUGUUGCUUAAACAUUCAUUCAUAUAAAAAUUAAAAUUCUCUUGUGUAUCUGUAUGUUUUACCAAGAAGUUCAUUGAUUUGUUGUUAGAUUCAAUAAAAUAAUUUAUGUGGUGCAGAGUGAAGCGCCAAAGUAA